AUGGCUGUUUCGACUCAGUUUACUAAAUUUUCUGGUUCCCCUAUGGAUGACCCUAUUCUAUAUAGGAGCAUGGUUGGUGCUCUUCAGUAUGCUACCUUGACCCGUCCAGAUAUACAGUUUGUUGCUAAUAAGGUCUGCCAGUUUAUGCAUCGUCCAACAGUCGAUCACUGGGCUGCUGUCAAGCGCAUACUUCGAUAUCUUCAAUCAACUGUUGAUCAUGGUCUACUUUUUGAAAAACAGUCAUCAAUAAAUAUUUAUGCAUUUUUCGAUGAUGAUUGGGCCGGUUGUCUGGAUGAUAGAAAGUCUACUGGGGGUUUUGCAAUCUUUCAUGGCAAUAAUCUAAUCUCUUGGAGUGCACGUAAGUAG